UCCAAUGCUCUGCUCACGAGGCUGCAGUUCUAUUUGGGAAGUUGGCAGCUCGAGGCAGAGGGGCUUUACUCUCGCGACUCUGGAAUUAUGAACAGCGCUGGUCUGACCAGCAUCUUGUUUUGAACAUUAUUCCCACUGAUCUGAGACCAUGGAGUUCGGAACCCGCAUUUUCAUCGCAUUCCUCGUUUCCCAGGUUGUAUGCACUGGAGCGCAGGAAGAGGAAGAGAAGGCUGAAUGUGUACCAGGAUUUCAGGAGAAGGUGUACCAGGUGGAGUAUAGUGGAGGGUUCCUCAAAGACGUUCCUCUGCUGCAAGUGGUUUUCGACGACUGCGCUGGAAAUGAGGAUGUUGAGUUUGAAGUAUCGAACCCUGACUUUCUAAUAGACAAGAACCUGAAUCUGGUUCCCAGAAGAGACGUGAUUGACAGCGGAGAUGUCAUGUUUGUCCACGGUGUCAACGUUCAUGUUGAUGACAUGGCACAGGUGACCAUUAUGGGAGCACCAUCCAGAUCUCCUCAGACACUCAGGGAGAUCCUGGGUCUAUCAGACAUGAUGCCACACCGAUCCAAAAGAGCCCUGCUGGUGCCCCCCAUGUUUGUCCCAGAGAACCAGAGAGCCCCCUUCCCCAGGUUAAUUGGAAAGUCGCAUGUGAUCUCAUCUGACAUGAAGGAAGACCACAUCUUCCGUCUGAUGGGAAGGGGAGCAGAUCAAGACCCUAAGGGUGUGUUCAGCAUCAACCGACUGACGGGAGAUGUGGCAGUUAGCCGAGCCCUGGAUCGAGAGGCCAUUGCAUACUACCAUCUCCAGGUAUCCACCACUGACCUAAGUGGCAGAUUGGUAGAGGGACCAGUUGACCUGGACGUGUCUGUUAUUGACCAGAAUGACAACCGACCGGUGUUCAAGGAGCCGCGUUACUCUGGGGAGGUUCUGGAGGGCUCCCCCACAGGCACUACAGUGAUGACCAUGACGGCUUACGACGCAGACGAUCCCAACACGGACAACGCUGUACUGCGCUACAUCAUUGUGAGACAGCUGCCCGAUAAACCUUCACCCAAUAUGUUCUACAUCGACCCGGAAAGAGGCGACAUUGUCACCGUAAUAGCACCCCACCAGCUUGAUAGAGAGACUCUUCCAACCACGCAGUAUGAGCUAGAGAUUGUGGCAAAGGACAUGGCAGGAAGUGAAGUGGGACUGACAGGAACUGCAACAGCCACCAUCACCAUCACAGACAGGAACGACCACGCACCUGAGUUUACACACUCACUGUUCCAGGCAUCAGUGAAUGAGGGAUCAACUGGGGUGGUAGUGAACCUAACAGUGGAUGACAGAGACGACCCCGCCACUGGAGCCUGGAGAGCCAUCUACUCCAUCAUCAAUGGAGAUCCAAACCAGAACUUUGAGAUACAGACCAACCUGGACAACAAUGAAGGGAUGCUGUCAGUGGUAAAGCCUCUGGACUACGAAAGUUCAAUGUUUCACACACUGCUGAUAAAAGUGGAAAACGAAGACCCUCUGGUUCCUGAUGUUGUGUAUGGCCCCAGCUCUACAGCGACAGUUUACAUUACAGUUAUGGAUGUGAAUGAAGGACCGGUGUUCUUCCCAGAUCCUCUGGUUGUCAUCAGAAGAGAAAAUAUUCCCGUUGGGAGCUUUGUUGCCAUGCUGAACGCUUCUGACCCAGACUACCUACAAACGCAGAGCAUAAGGUUCACUGUAUUGAGAGACCCAGCAGACUGGCUGAUCGUGAACCCCUUCAAAGGCAAUGUCACCACCAGAGCCAUACUGGACCGCGAGUCUCCACACGUUCACAACAACCAGUACACCGCUCUCUUCAUGGCCACAGAUAACGGAAGUCCACCCGCCUCGGGCACGGGUAUGCUGAUAAUCACUCUGGAGGACGAGAAUGACAACGCUCCCUAUGUCUUCCCCUCCGUGGCCCGCGUGUGCGAGGACGCUAAAGACAUGAAUGUGGUGGUGAUCGGGGGACGGGACAAGGACAUUCAUCCUAAUACAGAUCCUUUCAAGAUCGAACUUGGCAAACAGCCAGGACUGGAGAAAACAUGGAAAAUCUCCAGGAUCAAUGACACUCACUCCCAGAUCAUGUUGCUGCACAGUCUGAAAAAGGCUAACUACAACCUGCCACUGGUUCUGACCGAUUCUGGCGUGCCUCCAAUAUCCAACAACACAGAACUGAAAGUUCAAGUGUGCACCUGUAAGAAGAACAGAAUGGACUGCAGCCGUGCCGGCUCCAUCCAAACAAACCACUUGCUAUUGCUCGGCCUGGUUCUGCUCUCCAUCCUCUGAAGACACACAGGACACGCCGCUGUCACAAACUGAUCGAGUGGGAGGGAGAGAGUGUCUGACUUCAGUUUCCUUAUCACCUUAAUGAACCCUGACCCUGCUGAGAGAGCGCUGAGAAGGGACAGAUAAGCCCAGAAGCUCAGUGAUGGAGUGCUGCAAGAGAGAAAUGGCCAAAAGAUUAGACAGAAUUCACUUCAUCGGUCUCCUCUACAGGAGACACUUAUUCACACACACACACAUGCGUUACUGUCAUGUAGUUCAUUAGUUUGUGCCGUUCCAAUUUUUAUGGGUAGACGACAUUAAAUACUUGAUAAGUUGAUGAUGUCUUGCAGUGUGACACCUCUCAGAGGCCUGAUGGUAUACCUGUUUUGUCUGUCUUUGCUUUGUUGCAAAUUGGCUUUUUUUUCAUGAUUAUUAUGCAUGUAGUUUAAAAAUGUAUCUGUCACACCACAGGACCAUUUAAAGAGAUCAUAAUAUGUAAUGAUUUUCUUUACUCUGUAAAACAAAAGUUUGGAAGAGGUAAAAUAUCCUGCGGUCCCCACGAGGGAAAAGAAUUAUUAAAAAUAGUAAAUUAUGUUUAUCUGAAAGUGUAACAAUGCAAACUAGUUUUCUGUAAGGGUUAGGGUUGGGUAAGGCGGUAGAAAAUAAUGUUUGUAGAGGUCUAUGGAAAGUCCCCACAGAAAAUGUGUGUGUGUGUGUGUGUGUGUGUUUUGUCUCCUGACCUCCUUUGCUUACCUUCACAAUAACACAGACUCUCUAACUUCUGCAUGGUUGUUUGCUCCCAAGUGUGAGUGUGUUUUCUUGUAUUUCUCUGUAACUUAUGUUUCCUGAAGAAUUACUAGACUACUGUUGAAGUUUUAGGAAAAUCCAAAUACAGAUAUAGAAAGAAAGAGAGAGCAUGUGUUUAAUAGUGCCUACCCACUUUUUUUUUAGUGUCCUUCCUUACGGUGGUAUUUUAUCCUAAAGUAUUUUUAAUUUUAUGAAAGAAAAUUAUCUUCAAGCCAUGAACCUACUUAUCUGCCACAAGGUAAAUCACAACAUUAAAAACUUAAAUUUGAAGCAAAAAAGUACUUAAAAUCUUUAAUUAGUUUUUAAAUUAGAGAGAAAAGACUCAUACUGAAGAAGGCCUGAACUCAUUGGCAGAACUACAGUCCCAUGAAGCAUUGUAAUAAUU